UGAGGCAUAGACGAGCGAGGAUCCCCACAGAGCGCCAGUCGCUUCGCGCCUUGCCAUCGACACGCUCGCUUCAGUUUUCUAACGCUCGCGCUUCACCGUGGAAUUCGAAAUUCAGUGGGUGAAUUUGAAAAACAAGUGACAUUCUAGUGCUUUUUUUUCUCCACAAAGGAGUUCGUGAUUGUUUUUGGUGUCGGAUUACGGGGGCGGAGCGCGAGUGGUGUGGGCCAUGUCGGCGGGUGACCGGGAGGCGGAGGCGCAAGCCAAGAAGGGGGAAGAGGGAGCCACUCCCGACCGGGACAGCCGGGCGGCCGCCGCGAUCAAGCAGUACUGGUGCGUCGGGCUAAGGGCUGUAGAGCUGGUAAUUACAGUGAUAGCCAUCGGCCUGAUCGUCGCCGCGCUGUACUCGCCGCAGGUGGUCGAGAAGAAUGUCCACCACAUAGCCGUCAUCUACUCUGCUUACUCGAGCUUCAUCCUCAUCACUGGCGUGCUGAUCAUCGCCCGACUGCUGGGCGAGUCUGCUGGGUGGAGGACCUCCAUCGGCUUUUCACUGUUGGGCGCCAUUAUGUUCACCGCUGCCGCCGCUGUCAUCUUCUAUGACUGGCACAGGUCGUACUACGCCAACCAGCGCCCCAACAAGCAAGCGUAUGACCUCCUCAUCUCCUCCGGCGUCUUCGCGAUCAUCAACGCCGCCGUUUUCCUCUUCCACGCCUUUUUCACUUUCAGAAAAGAAGCCGACUAUUAAUCUGCCAAUCUUAAAGUAACCGCUUCUAAAUUAUUGAUUAAUUUUGCCCCGCAUCGGUGAACGCUAUUUUCGAUUCGCAAAUUGACGAAGACUGUAUAUCUAAAUAAAAAUUAUCUCAUAAUGUAACGUUAAAAUCAAAAUUUACUCGAUUCUAUAAGCCGGUAAGCUCGGAUUGUCAAAGUAUUCAUAAAACUACUUUAGUUAUAAGAAUUUGUUUAUUUUAUUGUAUAAUUUUGUUUUGUGUAAAUAUUUUUAAGCGUUCCAAUGGUCCCGUCGAAUGGCUACAAUAAUUAUAUUUAAUAUUUAUAGACGUAAAUUGUGUUGAAGCAGUUGCCCCCAAAAAGCAGUUAUAAAAUUAAAAGUUUAAUUUUUGCCCUAUGCUGCAGCUUUGGAAUAAUAAUAGCAUGUACUUUUUUUCUAAUUUCAUUUGCCCUGUGCUGUAGCUAAACAUUACAUUACAUAUUUCACAGCAGUUUUUCUUUUGUUAAAUUAAGGUAAAACAGGCAACUAUUUUUUACUGUCGUAUAAACUAUCUGGCAGCUUACAUAAGAUAGGUACAUCUGUCGGCAGCUACUUAUUUUAAAUUUAGUUUUAGAAUUUGCAACUUCUAAAUUCUAAUUAUAAAAUUUUGGACAAUCUCGAAUUCACCAAAUAGGUUUUUAUUUUAAGGCAGCUAUUACACUAUUUAUGUUAUUUUAUUUUUAUAGAUGUCAAAAUCGUGUUGAAGCAGUUGCCUCCAAAAAGCAGUUAGAUAAAAAGUUUCAUUUUUGCCCUAUGCUGCAGCUUUUGAAUAAAAUAGCAUGUAAUUUUUUUUCUAAAACGAAUUGCCCUAUGCUGUAGCUAAUAUUACAUACUUUUAUACACAGCAGCUAUUACUUCUGUUAAAAAUAAGGUAAAAUUAAAAUGGGCAACUAUUUUUUUACUCUCGUCUAAACUAUCUGGCAGCUUUACAUUGAUACAUUCUAUUGGCAGCCACUUUUGUUUUAGUUUUAGAAUUUUAAAUUAUAAUUAAAAAAAUUACCCAUCUUGAAUCAAUAAAAGGCAGCUUCCACCAAAUAGGUUUUCAUUUUAAGGCAGCUAUUACUUUUUCAGUUUUUUUUUUACUUUUUUGGCCGAUAGUGCAAGUAAAGGUAAGGAAAUACAUAGUUAUAGUAAAUUGAAAAGCUUAAAGAAAAGUAUUUAGUUUUAAGUUUCCAUGUAUUUAAUCAAUUGUAUCCAAUCCAAUAUAAUUGGUAGCUUUUCUUUUAGUUUGAUAAGUUAAUUUUUACGAUGUAAUUAUUAUACUGAAACAUUCCGCUAAAACCAAAUUAUUAGGCUUAAGUUUAAUUACAUUUUUAUUUAAAUUAUUGGUGCUAAUUUACGACGGGCAGUUAGAAUUUGUUUUGUGUGUUCAUUGGCACUCUCAGCUUAAUUUAGCUUUUCUGUAUUAAUUUUGACCAGCAUCUGACCAUUAACUUCGAAAUUUUGUAAGUUAGCAUCGCCCGACAAAUUCAUUCAACAGUUUUUUUAUUGCGAUAAACAACGAAAAAUUCUGACAGAUUUUGUGGGUUCAGUCAAAAUUUUUGCGGUAACAUUUAUAUUGGUGUAACAGAAUAUUUCUUUAUCGUGCUUUAUUAUAAUUUUAGAUGCGAAAUAAUACCACCGUAUGGAAUUUUAACUGUCCAUAUUUGAGUUAAAGUUAGUUUUAGCACACAGCAUGCCAAAAGUCAAAUAUUUUCAAGUUAAUCAGCAGUCUUGGUUUUUUUGUUUGAAUGUAUAGCUUUAACGAUUAUGCAAAGCAAAAAUACUUAGUGCACUUAUUAUUGAAAGUAGCUUUUGCAUAUUAAUAAAGAAUUACAUGUAUCCAUGAAUAGAAUAUAGUCUAAGUUAUUUCAUAGAAUUAAAUAAAACCCAUAGCAAAAUUAAACAGGCAUCGAUCCAGUUAUUAGUUGUUGUCGAUUUUGUAUCGAGAUAAAGAUAAAUAAGUAGAUCUCUGUGGAAAUUUUUAACUUUAUUUAUCGGUGUUUAGACUAAUUUAUUUUUUAGUUUAUUUAUUACGUAUGUUUAAGUUAAGGUUAUUUUUAAAGGGAGAACCAAAGCAGUAAUCAGUAUCCGUCCAGUUGUAGUUAAGUUUGUCUCCUUGCUGCUUAUUCUUUCUUGAAAACAUGACUUAUUUUUUGUGACAUAGGUAAAUAAUAAUCAUAAUAAUUUUCUUCUUUUAUUAAUAAUCUACACGAUUAACAUUGGAUUCAUGAUUAAAAUUAGCAAAAUUACUAACAACAAAUCUCUUAAGAAUAUAAUUCAUCAUCAUUUAGUUAAGGAUCUUCUACUUUUAAAUUGGAACAAUGUAACUUACAAUUAAAUAAUUUCAUUUGUGUAUUUAUUUUUAGUUAUAAUUACGGAUUAGUUUUAAUAAUUUUGUAUUUAAAUAGGUAUGACGUGUAGUUUGCGUAACCUAGGAUCGUUGUAACCGGCGCUAAUGUUACCUUAUGUACCCGUUCUCCCAA